CCGCUUUUUAGUUUCUACCAAAUGACAAAAAGUUGCACGUGGAGCGCAGGAACUUUACAGAUACAUUUUCUGUAAAAUAAAAGUGAACAAGUCCACUUUGGUCGGUGUAGUAAAUUUGUUUAUAACUUAAAAAACACAAGUUAUUUACCACGAUGUUCCUGCAAUUCUAUUUGAACGAGAAUGGGGAGAGAGUUUACACAUUGAAGAAGGUGGAUCUAUUGGGCCAGCCCACCAGCUCUGCCCAUCCUGCCCGCUUUUCGCCUGAUGACAAGUUCUCCAGGCACCGGGUGACCCUGAAGAAACGCUUCGGCCUCCUCCUGACCCAGCAGCCUAGACCCAUACUAUGAUUGAAGCAUGGAACAACACUUUCCCAAUAACUUAUGGCUGAUUACUGCAAUAUGGCUGAACCAAACUGUAGGCUUGGAUAAAAAAAAAAAUCUUCACGUUGUCCUUUUCAGCAUGCUGUGAUAUGUAACCAGUACAGCUCAGCUUUGUCAUGUAUGUGUGAAUCAGGCUUUGAUUCACAUAUUAUCAAUUGAUUUGAGAGGCUCGCUCCUCCAUUGUUUGACAGACAUGGGCCAAAGGGGUGCAGAUGGCUAUUGUUUGUUGACAUCUGUUUAGGAUGUUUGCCUUGGGGCUAGCCUGAGAUAUCUGCGUGUGAAAGUCUCAGGCUGGCACCUAUAUAGGUUGUUUGAUCUGCUAGAAUGUAUUUUAAAAUUUAGUUUUUUUAUAUUUCUGUCUUGUUUACAGAACACUUAUAGUUUUGGACAUCAAAUUCUGCAUUGGGAUUCUCUUGUAAUGUGGUUUCAGAGCUGUCAAAUUGAGGUGUACUAUUGUCAAUAUGUUCUGAAGAUGUCUUGGAGAUGGAGAAUAAAUGAAAUGUGGAAAGUA